UUUGGCUGGUUUGAAAAGUCAUUAGUCCAUUCCACUGCCAUUUUCCAUACGCCAUUCACAAAUAUUCCACAACUCCGGUCGUCUUCCGGUCAACCCUCUCUGCUUUUCUUUCAUGUAAAUAAGAAAAACUCAGCAUCUUCAUAUGGUUAUUUCGUUACGCACGAAGCACAAACGCUGAUAUAUGUUGAGAAGAUUCAUGACACUUUGAACACCCACACCCACAAACAUGAGCAGGUAUCUACACAUACUCCCAGUCUUCUUCUUCAUUGUUCAGUAUGCUUUCUGUCAGUUACCAUCGACUCAGGUGACCACCAUGAACAAACUCCGGGACCUGCUACAGAACAACAGUAAUUCCAAAUGGAAUUCUUCGCAAGACUCAACAAACCCAUGUUCUUGGACGGGCGUUUCCUGCGCUCCAAACAAUUCCUCCGUCACCUCGCUUUCUCUCUGUUCUUUCUCAAUCUCUAACGACGAUGAUUCUUGGUCCUCUCUUGUUUGCGAUAUCAAAACAUUGCAAUCUCUUAAUCUCUCCAGCAAUCAGCUGACCUCAAUCCCACAACCAAUCUUCUCUUCUUGUGGUGGUUUGAAAGCCCUUAACUUUAGCAACAACAAUCUGAAUGGGCCGUUGCCCAGUUUCCAGGGUUUUCGUUCUUUAGAGGUUUUAGACCUUUCUCGUAAUUCGUUCGAGACCUCUAUUGAUUCACAAUUGAAUGGUUUGAAUGAGCUUAAAAGUUUAAGCCUUAGCGGAAACAAAUUCACAGGGUCUAUUCUUACUAAGCUAGGCAAUUCAACUCUUCUUGAGGAGCUUCAGCUCUCCUUCAAUUGUUUUGUAGGUAAUAUUCCUGACGGAAUUACCAACUAUAAGAAUCUUACUCUUCUUGAUUUGGGUGGCAAUAAUCUCACCGGGACCAUUCCUUCUCGUAUUGGUGAACUCUCCAAUCUGCAACUCUUAGUUCUCUCUGCCAAUAAGCUGACUGGUGAAAUUCCUCAGUCCAUUUCCAUGAUCACAACUCUAAAGAGGUUUGCUGCGAAUGAGAAUGAAUUCACAGGUGUAAUUCCACAAGGAAUUACUAGGUAUCUCAGGAAUCUAGACCUGAGUUAUAAUCAGAUGGGUGGGUCAAUUCCGGCGGACCUUUUGUCUCAAAAGGAUUUGCAGACUGUCGACUUGUCUGCUAAUAAGUUAAUUGGAUCGAUACCUUCCAACAUAUCGACAACUUUGGUCAGAUUGAGGCUCGGUAACAAUAGCUUAAUAGGGAAAAUACCAGCAUGGUCGUUCGGGAAUGAUAUGCCAUCGUUAACGUAUUUAGAGCUUGAUCAUAAUAACUUAGGCGGGGUGAUUCCUUCUGAGUUGAGGUUAUUUCGGAAUUUGUCGUUGUUGGACUUAUCAGAUAAUCAAUUGGUUGGUUUUCUUCCUCGGGAAUUGGGUAAUCUUACAAGAUUAGAGGUUGUUCAACUUCAGCAUAACAGAAUCUCCGGAGAGAUCCCAGAUGAAAUCAGUGAGUUACAGAUUCUGGAUAAACUAAAUAUCAGUUGGAAUUCUCUGAAUGGUUCCAUUCCACCAUCGUUAUCCAAGUUACAGAAGCUAACUAAUCUGGACUUACAGGCGAACAGUCUCACUGGCGGAAUUCCUGAUUCCUUUAGUUCCAUGGAUUCCUUACUGGAGCUUCAACUUGGGAAGAACAAUCUUGGAGGUGUUGUCAGAUCACUGCCUACAAAGUUGCAGAUUUCUCUAAAUCUUAGUUGGAAUAACUUUGAAGGGGGAAUACCCAGGGCUCUCAACAGAUUACAGUCCCUCGAAGUCUUGGAUCUUUCGAACAACAAAUUCUCCGGUGGGAUUCCAAGUUUCCUCACUGAUAUGCAAAGCUUGACACUGAUAGAACUUUCCAAUAAUCGGCUUACGGGAACUAUUCCUACGUUUCGUUCAAAUGUUAACUUGUCCACUGAUGGGAAUAAUUUGAUAAAUCCGACACCCGUCUCUUCUGUCGUGAAAAGAAAAAAGUCUGUGUCAGUGGGUAUCAUUGUGGCUUCCGUAGCUGCUGUUGUUACACUUAUGAUAGUUUCCAUUUUGGCCCUUAUACUCUCUAGAAGAAUUCACAAGGUAAACCAUGAAGAAAGUCAAUCCUCUGAGCCCGUGGUCAUCAAAAGCGAUUUCUUGACUGAAAAUUCCAUUCAAAGAUUGAAUCUUGACUUCACCAAGGCGAUGGAGGCUGUGAGUAACCCCUCGAAUAUUGUUUUGAAGACGAGAUUCUCUACAUAUUACAAGGCUGUGAUGCCAUCAGGGAUGAUGUAUUUCAUCAAGAAGCUUAAUGGAGUUGACAAAAUAUUCCAAAUUGGGAGCCAUGAUCGGUUGCAAGAAGAGCUUCGAGUUCUUGGGAAGUUGAGAAAUUCCAGUGUCAUGAUCCCUCUUGCCUAUACCUUGACUACCGAAAGUGUUUAUCUUUUCUAUGAUUACACUGAGAAUGGAACUCUAUAUGAUGUUCUUCAUGGAAGUUUGGGACGUGGUUUGGAUUGGAGCAAUCGGUACAGUAUAGCUAUAGGUGUCGCUAAUGGUCUGGCGUUUCUCCAUGGAUGCCCUUCGGGUCAAAUCAUCCUCCUUGAUCUUUCAAGUAAAUCUGUUAUGCUCAAGUCCAUAAAUGAGCCUCAGAUUGGAGAUAUCGAGCUUUCUAAAGUGAUUGAUCCUUCAAAGAGCACAGGCAAUGUUUCUGCUGUUGCUGGGUCUGUCGGUUAUGUCCCACCAGAGUAUGCUUACUCAAUGAGGUUGACGACAGCUGGAAAUGUCUACAGUUUCGGUGUGAUUUUGCUUGAAUUGUUGACAGGAAAAGCAGCGGUUAGUGAAGGGUCUGAAUUAGUGAAGUGGGUGUCAAGCAAGUCAAAUCAAGAUAACUUUGACCAAGUACUUGACUCCAGUGUGAAUAGGACAUCCUCAGCCAUUAGAGACCAGAUGUUAGCAGUCCUUAAGGUUGCUUUAGCUUGUGUCAGUGUUUCCCCGGAAGAGAGACCGAAAAUGAGGAGUGUGUUACGUAUGCUCCUUAAUGCAAGAAACUAAGACGAUGGCCAAUAUACUUGGUAUGGUAUUUUUAAGCAAUAUAGAACAUGAUACGAGCCCUUUUUUUUAAUACGAAGUGGGUUAUUUGGAUCUGUGUAAACUAUACUUGGUGUGUAAUUAGAUUACUUACUAAAUACGG